GACUCCGAGUUUAUACAUAAAAAAACCAAACCACCUUUGACCAAAACCACUACAAUAAUCACCACCGUCCAUACACGUCUCUGAGAAAACCGAUCCACCGUUCCACGUUCAUGAACGCGCUGUACCCAAUACGCCAGCGUCGGAUCCAAUAAUUUCCCCCCCCCCCCCCCCCCCCCCCACACCCCUUCCGCAACUGUUACUAUUACUAGUAGGACAAUAACUGAUUUGGGUCGACGUGCUUGUGUGUCUCGUUCUUGUCUUGUUAGUUCUCGCGAUCAGUUCGGAGUAGUUGCAGAGAGAGAGAGAGAGAGAGAGAGAGAGAGAGAUGGAAGAUGGGAGUCCGAGGAGGGGAAUGCCGUCGAGUCCGGAGGCGAAGCUGGGGAUGCAGGUGGAAGAUCUCUGGGACGUGCAAGAGCCGCAGCUGAGUCCUACGGAGAAGCUCAACGCGUGUUUCGAGAGCAUCCCAGUCUCGUCUUUCCCUCCCGCUCCUUCGUCACAAGUUAUUGAGAUAAACUCAAACGCGAGUCUAGCUGAAGCGGUGCAGUUGCUGUCACAACACAAAAUUCUGAGUGCACCAGUGGUGGACGUAGAUGCGCCUGAGGAUGCUAGUUGGAUUGACAGAUACAUUGGCAUUGUUGAGUUUGCAGGAAUUGUUGUUUGGAUUCUUCACCAGUCAGAAAGGAUGGAUGGAUCGGAUUCAGAUGGCUCAGAGUUUGCUAAAGGUGAAUCAGAGGAAAUCACCGGGCCUGCUGUUGCAGCCGCAGUUAACGGAGUGUCUUCUCCUAGAAAACGUGGAAACUUAAGCCCUCGCUCUGCUGCAAUAAUUUCUGGGAAAUUUUUUGAGGCCCUCACUUCAUCUGACUUUUACAAGAAUACAAAGGUUAGAGACAUCUCAGGGUCAUUCCGAUGGGCUCCAUUCCUCGCUUUGCAGAAAUCUAACUCUUUCUUGACCAUGCUAUUGCUUCUAUCCAAGUAUCGAAUGAAAAGUGUUCCUGUAGUGGAUCCUGGGGAAAGGACAAUUGAUAACGUCAUCACCCAGUCGGCAGUUAUUCACAUGUUAGAGGAGUGUGCAGGGCUUUAUUGGUUCGAGAGCUGGGGCAAGAAGAAACUGUCUGAGAUUGGCCUUCCUCUGAUGAAGCCCAGUCACGUGGUUAAGGUGUAUGAGGAUGAACCAGUGAUGCAGGCAUUCAAACUGAUGAGACAAAAGGGAGUUGGUGGGGUACCAGUGGUUCAAAGUGGUGGACGAAAGGCUAUUGGUAAUAUAAGCAUCAGAGACGUUCAAUUUCUUCUAAUUGCACCUGAGAUCUACAAAAACUACAGAUCUAUCACUGCAAAGAAUUUCUUAACGGCAGUUAGGAGCUACCUCGACGAACAUAAAGAGGCCUCACCAUUGUUGAACGGAAUGGUUACAUGCGGUAGAGACAACACAAUAAAAGAAGUUAUCGUGAAGCUCGAUUCCCAGAAGAUCCAUCGGAUCUAUGUUGUGGAUGGUGAGGGGAAUCUGGAGGGAGUGAUCACUCUCAGAGACAUCAUCUCGAAGCUCGUACAUGAACCUCGAGGGUACUUUGGGGAUUUCUUUGAUGGUGUUCUUCCCCUGCCUGCAAACAGCAGGGUUUAGAAGGGAUCAACCCUUAUUGGUCCUCCUUUUUUUUUUUUGUUUUUUUGUUUUUGGGGCUUGGAUGAAAUGACGAUUUACGAUCAAUGUGACAGUUAACUGGAGGCUGGUGGAGGUAGUGAGUGUACUAGGCAAACAGCUAUGUAAUUAUUGGUGAGUCCAUUAUGCUCUUUCUGUUAAGUUGUACCUGCGAACUCCAUCAGCAUCCUUCGUUGUUGAGAAUAAUGGAAAGAUCUCUUUUGUUUUCGUGCUCAA